CGACGCUGGUCCUGACGCUGCCGCCGGCCUGGCUACUUCUGCUGGCCGGGCAUGGAGGGCAAAGUCAACGAUAAGCGCACGCUGUACGUCGGUGGCCUCGAGGAGAGCGUGACGUCGGACAUCAUCCGCGCCGCGUUCGUGCCCUUUGGCGAGCUGCUGGAUGUCAACCUUCCCGUGGACUCGAGCACACAGAAGCACCGCGGCUUCGCCUUUGUGCAGUUUGAUGAGCGAACAGACGCGGCGGACGCGAUGGACAACAUGGACGGCGCGGAGCUGUUUGGGCGCGUCCUGAAGGUCAACGUCGCAAAGCCCGACGCGACAGGGCGGGGCUCGCACCGGCCUGUGUGGGAGACGCGUGCUGACGACUUCUUCAACAAGGCCGACGGCGAGGGGGGCGACGAUGCAGGCGGCUCGUGACGCGGCGCGGUGGCAUUCGUGCGGGGAUGGCAGAGUACAGUGUCUACAUAUUUUUUGAGUUUGUUUACCAUGCA